AUGCCACCCACAACAAUCAACUCACUCCCCCCAGAACUCCACUCUACAAUCCUCUCCUACUUACCCUUCUCAACCAUCAUAGCUUCCCUCCGAACCUGCAAGCUAUGGAAUUCCAUCCUUUCUACACCUUCACAUAUCUCAUCUCGAUAUCUUCCAUUAUCCGUUUCAAAGGAUAAUGUUGAUAAAUACAAAACUGGUGUUAAAAUCCCAGGUCUCCACCGUCUGAUCGAUUCGAGUGGCUGUUUGAAGAUCAAAAUGACGGGGGAGGAGUUGGCUUCUCUGAGUUUUCUUGAUUCUAGUAUUGAUUCGGAGUUACUAGAUGGAGAAAAGGAAGAAGCGAAAUGGGUGGAUAUACCAUCGUCGUCAUCACUAUUAAGCGAUGCUUUAUUCUCCCCCGACGCUAUUGAAAAUACUGGAGAAGAGAAUGGAUUCACGAUAUAUAUAUUCCAUCCCCGUCUAUGGGGCUCUACUCCAUGGUUUCCAACCCCGAAUGUUUCCUUCUCGCCGUUAGGGAACUGUAAAGUUAAGGAUGUGAUCCAAACUAUGAAAAAAGUGUUCGUGGAGCGGUAUUUAGAUGAGGACGAUAAACACGUUUAUGAGAUUAUGUUGAGUCAUGAGCGUGAAGACGAUUAUGGGGAUUGGCUGGUUGCGGGGACUAUUGAAAGGAUUGAAGUCGGUGAUCCCAAUUGCGCUAGCGGAGGAGGGGAGUGGAAUACAAGCCCCCCUUGGGAUACGACGGUGGGAAGCGGCUGGGGUGAUGAUGGGGAUAAUAUUGCUUGGGAUUCAUAA